UUUUAUUUUUUACUGUCUGGUUUUACGUUUGCGGAUUCGUCUCGGUAUAGUACUUUAGAAAUAAUAUUUGUAAAGUCUACCAAGUUUGUCAACGAAAAUGACUUCAGAGCUGUUAAAAACCUUAAUAGAGUGUGAUUUAAAAGUUUGCCGCUUUUGCUUGCAGUCUAGUGAAAAAGAGUUGUUCAAUAUAUAUAGUAAAAUUAAGCAUAAGCGUAAGCGUAAUUUUGGCAUCGAUACUGCUAUUUUCAAACUUCUUAAUCUACUGGACAUCUCUGUUAGUCAAACCGAUGCCUAUCCGAAGUUGAUCUGUCGAGAGUGUAAAGAGUUACUUUCUUCCAUCCAACGCUUCCGCGAAACAGUUCAGAAAUCUGCACAGGUCUUAGCACAAGCGAGGCUGUUACAAGGGUUUCCCGAUGAGAAAUUUGUUGAGGGCUCCGAGUAUAAAUGUAACGAGACAGAAAUGGUUGAAAUCGAAGCAGAUGUAUUUUAUUGUAAUAGCGACAAGGCAAGCUCAGCGGCUCCCGAAGAAGUAGUAGUUAUAAAGGAGGAACAAACGAAUCCGGACGUUGAGUUUGUUGAACCGGAGUAUACCGAUACUGAAUGGGUUGUGUAUGAUGAAGAGUUAGAUAACACACAUGAACAGGAAGCUGGAGAACCGUAUGAAGAGGAACAACCGCAAGAAAAUGACGACCUACAAGAAGAACAUAUUACUGCUGAAGAGGAUGGUUCUGUUGAGAUGUCCUCGGAGACACAAAGCAAACAAAAAAAAUCAGUCACAAAGCGACUAUGCACUGUUUGUGGAAUAGCGUCCACUGCGAUGAUAGUUCACAUGCGAACACAUACAAAAAUUAAGCCCUUCAAAUGCGAGAUCUGCAGCAAAUGCUUUUAUACGAAUAAUAAACUGCGAAGUCACAUCAAAUCGGCGCACACCAACGAGAGAGAAUAUCACUGCCAGAUUUGCGAGAAAUCGUUCGUACUGAGGAAGACACUGAAGGCUCACAUGAUGUCACAUGAGUCGGAAAAGUCGCACGUUUGCUCUUACUGUCCGAAAAGCUUUCUGUUCCGAUGGGCCCGAGCCAAGCAUGAACGGACCCAUACCGGGGAAAAACCAUUCAAGUGCACACUGGACGGUUGUGGGAAAACCUUUGCUUCCUCAUCGAAUCUUCGUCAGCAUCAGAAAACCGGUGCUCAUCAGGCACAGGAUGGGACGCGGGAGGAGUGUAAGAAAUGUGGUAAACAGUUUAUAUCGAAAUUUGCGCUGCGAGCACAUCAUAAAAAUCAUGAAUGAGGUAAGGUAUUAAAAGGGAAGCUCUUGUAAUUUGGAAGUUUAAACAUGGACUGGAAAAUGUGAACCGCCUGUAAGGUGCAAUUUUUUUUGGUUCUGCUUUUUGAUAUUUUGACUAAGCCAACAGUUGCAAGAGAGAUCAAAAGAGAAUCUGUUUUUUACGUUUUUUUAUUCUCAAGUAGUUUGCUACAUCUAAAACACUGUACAGAGAUUAAGUGUGGAACGCGUCUCAAAGUUGUAGUUUGAAGGAAGAGGCAGUUGAUCGAUUAGAUAUGAUUGUUAAAAUACUAAAUUUUGACGAUAAUUUCGUAUCACUGUCGAAUCUCUUUAAUCAGUGAUAAUAGCUGUCAAACCGAGGAGUGUAUCAACCUUUUCAGCAUUCGUAAUAUUGUGUAUUGUGUCCAUGCUCUGUUGUUUAUUUUGUACUUAACUAUUUUGCAGUAAUAAUCACGUGCAGUCAUAAGUUUGUUAAAAAAAAUAUAAUUACAUAAAGAAGUUUUCUAAAUAUGCAUGUAGCAGGAAUAAAUCACAUAGAAAAAGGGAAGAUUUCACGUCAACUCACCUAGUCGUUUACAG